AUGGCUCGAACCUUCCGGAGGGAAGCAUUGGACAGUCUCUUUGCUAUGCAGAUAUCAAGCACCAGUUCUAACGCACUGGCAGACCUUGGACCGGGUGCUGCGUCGCAGGUUGCAGCCUUCGUCGCCUGCGGUGGCAGUGACAGUCUCGAUGCC